AUGGAUCACCUCGCAAGAGCUCAGGAGACGUAUCGCCGGCUGCAGAGUGAGGAGAGAAUGAAGCGGAAGAUCGAUGAAGUCCCCCCAAAACUUCUAGCGCAGCUCCACCCCGUCCAAGACCACAUCAAUUUCACACUCAAGAAAGCGAUGUUCAAGUGCUCGUACGAAUGCUAUGAUAGGAAAAGGAAUCGGAAUCAGGAAGAGGUAGGGAGCUGCGUUGAGAAUUGCGCCAUGCCGGAAAAGAUAAAACGGUCUCUUGAGCGCUGCCAGAACAAGUACAAGCAAGAUAAGAUCGAAGGAAAUGGAAAUGCAGACCUCAUGAUCGGCAUGGAGUCCUGCGUCGAUGAAGCAAUCAAGGACAACACAAGCUGGCUUCCAGUCAUUCUCUCCAGGCUCAAAAGAGAGUGCUCGAUGGGAGACGAGGAGAAGCAAGUGAACACGUGUUCAUGAAAACAACAGGAAAUUUCUGAAUAUGGUUUUAGGAAGCAAAAAGGAGAGAGAUGUGAGAAUCGCUCGGUGAUGAGCAACAGUCAUUUUGUAGAUCAAAAGUACUUGCGUAUUUUCUGUUUACUUCUGUUUUGACACUUUGAGCACAAUGCUAUGAAGGGAACAUAUUAAAGGCUGGCCAUUGAAGAGUUCAAUUCAUAUUCAUUUUCCAUUGUUAGUGUCGAUCUUGAGUUGGGUUGGUUUCAUUUUCAUGUAGAAGAAUUGAAAAAGCAGG